UUUUGUUUUUUGUUUCAGCUUCACUUUGAAUAAAUAAACUAUGUAAUUAAAUAAUAAUAUCUAGGAUCCGUAAUCCAUCUUCACGGGUUCCGUUCCCCGCCACUUUCUCCACUUGUCUGCUUGGUUCACGAGAAAACUUUUGAGAGUUUCAUCAGUUAUGCAGCAUGAUCUCUUAUUUUCGGGAAAGGAAGUUUCUGAUUUUCAUUGGAAAGAAACAGUGUUUUGAAAGUGUUUUCCAACUCCAGCGUCGCUGAAAAAGAGCAUUUUAGAGAUGGCUAUUACCUCGAUUCAAGUCUUCAAUUGCCUCAGGGCUCCCAAUGCAUUCCCUGCUGCAACAACGGCUUUUUCUCCGCAAAAUUCUCAUAAACUUUCUGCUUUUCUUAGAGUUUCCUUAGGUUUUAGGAGCUCAGUGGACUUAAAUUCGUGCGGCGUGAAGGGGUGCUUUGUAUCGUCUAGCUCUCCGUCUCGAGCUUGGGCCAUGGUGAGAGAGAGAGCAGAGAGGACUGAGGAUUAUCCUCUAGUGGGUGAUUCUGUGGAUGCUGUUGACGACCAGCCGGCUGUUAGCACAACCCAAAAGUUUCAGGAGCGUGACUUUGCUGGUACUUCUUAUGUUCCCGUAUAUGUGAUGCUACCGCUGGGCAUCAUAAAUAUGAACUGCGAAUUGGAUGAUGUAGAAGGUCUUCUGAAUCAGCUAAAGAUCUUGAAGUCAGCUAAUGUUGAUGGUGUUAUGAUUGAUUGCUGGUGGGGAAUCGUAGAGGCACAUGCUCCACAGGUAUAUAAUUGGAGUGGCUAUGCUAGGCUCUUCCAGAUUGUGCGUGACCUCAAGCUCAAGUUGCAGGUUGUAAUGUCGUUUCAUGAAUGUGGAGGUAAUGUUGGUGAUGAUAUGCACAUUCCGCUCCCUUGUUGGGUGGUAGAAAUUGGUCAGAGCAAUCCUGACAUAUAUUUCACUAAUAAAGAAGGGAGGCGCAAUACUGAAUGCCUCUCAUGGGGAAUUGAUAAGGAACGGGUUUUAAAAGGCCGGACUGCUGUUGAGGUUUACUUCGACUACAUGAGAAGCUUUCGGGUAGAAUUUGAUGAGUUUUUUGAGAAUGGAAUCAUCUCUGAGAUUGAAGUUGGACUAGGACCAUGUGGAGAGCUGCGGUAUCCUUCUUAUCCAGCAAAGCAUGGUUGGAGAUACCCUGGUAUUGGGGAAUUCCAGUGCUAUGAUAAGUACUUGAUGAAGAGUCUUACAAAAGCAGCAGAAGCAAGGGGACACUCAUUUUGGGCCAGAGGACCAGAUAAUGCAGGUUUUUAUAAUUCUGCACCACAUGAGACUGGAUUCUUUUGCGAUGGAGGUGAUUAUGAUAGCUAUUAUGGCAGAUUCUUCCUUAAAUGGUACUCUCAUGUAUUGAUUGAUCAUGGAGAUCGUGUACUUGCCCUAGCUAAUUUAGCUUUUGAGGGUACUUGCAUUGCUGUGAAGCUAUCAGGCAUCCAUUGGUGGUACAAAACGGCCAGCCAUGCUGCUGAGCUGACUGCUGGAUUUUACAACCCUUCAAAUUGUGAUGGUUAUGCACCAAUUGCAACAAUGUUAGAAAAGCAUGAGGCUGCUCUGAAUUUCACAUGCGUCGAAUUGCGUACAUUGGACCAGCAUGAGGACUUCCCUGAAGCACUGGCAGACCCUGAGGGAUUAGUUUGGCAGGUGCUGAAUGCUGCAUGGGAUGUUUGCAUUCCAGUAGCUAGUGAGAAUGCUCUUCCUUGCCAUGAUAGAGAAGGCUACAAUAAGAUACUGGAGAAUGCCAAACCCAGGAAUGAUCCAGAUGGGAGGCACUUAUCUGCCUUUACCUACCUUAGGCUCAGCCCAGUUCUCAUGGAGAGAGACAACUUCAUGGAGUUCAAGCGAUUUGUCAAGAGGAUGCAUGGGGAAGCAGUUCCUGAUCUUCAAGUUAAACCAAACAAAGAGCAUACUAAACUUCAGGGCACUGAUGGCCAAGUUGCUAAUUAGGUCAAAGAAAUGGAUAAAACUAUGUACUGAAUUGAUGGAAUGUUUCUCCUAACGUUUCAGAGUUUCAAUUCAAUUUUCAGGAGGUUUUCAACCGCAAUGAUGGACAAUUGUUUUGAAGAACCAUCGACAAGCUGGCCGCAGCUACAAUCAUGAUACCUUAUUUUGUGUCCCUAGCUAAUAAGAAAAGCCAUAUUCCUUACUUUGAAUUGAAGCAAAUUUUAAUCAAUUCAGCACAAACUUUCCCUCUUUGAGAUACUUCGUUAUUUCAAGUAAAUAUGUAAUAUUUUAGCCAA